UUUCACAUGACUGGGCUCGGGCCCACCCACAGGAAAGCCAGGCCCAGCCAAUCAGAAUGAAUUUUUUAUUACAGACAGAAAUACUCAUCAGUUUCAUCAGCUGUCUGGGUGGCUGGUCUCACGUGGUCUGCGGUUGUGAGGCCGGUUGGACGUACUGUCAAAUUUACUAAAAUCACAUUGGAGGCGGCUUAUGGUAGAGAUAUUACCAUACAUACUGUGGACAUUUCUGCAAUCAGCAUGCCAAUUUCAGUCUCCCUCAAAACUUGAGACAUUUGUGGCAUUGUGUUGUGUGACAAAACUUUAUAUUUUAUAGUGGCCUAUUAUUGUCCCCAGCACAAGGUGCACCGGUGUAAUGAUCAUUCUGUUUAAUCAGCUUCUUGAUAUGCCACACCUGCCAGGUGGAUGGAUUCUCUUGGAGAAAUGCUUACUAGCAGGGAUGUAAACAUAUUUGUGAACAAAAUUUGAGAGAAAUACACCUUUUGUGCUUAUGGAACAUUUCUGGGAUCUUUUAUUUCAGCUUAUGAAACAUGGGACCAACCCUUCACAUGUUAUGUUUAUAUUUUUGUUCAGUUUACAGUAUAUUAGGAUGCUUUUGCACUAUUUUAUUAUUAUAUCACUAUUUUGAUUAUUAGAAUAUGAAACAAUUCCAUUGUUGUUGUUUUUUAGCCCACUUUUAAAUUGUAGUACAAUCUCAUCAUUCAUAGGUUACUGAUGUACAGACAGAAGGGGAGGCCAGUCUAGGAAAGAGAAUAGAUCCAUCCAGUGUCAACUCUAUGCCAAUGACGAGGAUGUAAUUCCAUUGAAUGAACGUGUCUUUCGUCAUAUUUCAUUUUCAUACUGCUUCAUUAACCCAUGAUCUCAUUCUCAUGCAGAGCUUUUUUUUAUUCUUCAGAUAACCCUGGUUUAUACUUUAAAUUAAUUCCAAUAGAGACAGCCUGGUAUCUAAGUCAUUUAAUCAAGGGGGCACGUUCACUGUGGGAAAAAAACGUCAAGCAUACUGACCUUGAACAUUCUGAAUGUUUAACAGUGUAUUUAUGAAUCAGUUUUCUUGAGGACAGCUGCUGGGCUUUGUGUGUGAGUGUGUGUGUUCUGAGAGUGGGUGUGACCGUGACACAUAAUUACCAGUCCAUCUAGAUUUCUAUUGGCUGCUGCCCUUGUCAACCAGUAGGCUUAGGCUUCGGCUGUUUUCGAAGCAGAUUAGGAAGCAGUCAUCAUCAGUCGUAGUCUCAUCUGGCCGGCUCCAUGGCAAAACAAGACCUCUUUAUGUAUUUGCAUUUAUUUUCUGUCGUUUUUCUGCAGCUUUCUUUGUCUUUUGAUCAAGUGCCUGCUGUUGUGGAGAAAAGUUUAGGGGGACCCACAUCCCAAGAUAUCAGGGUUCAAAACAAUGGAUUGGCUUCCCAGAGCCACAGUGCUGCUUCCGAUGGGGACAGUUCUUUGCUUGUGGUGGAGCACCCUCUCAGAAGAGUGCUGCAGCUUUAUGGGUGGCAGCUGGACUCCCCACACAGAACCAAAAGGAGGCUACUGCAGACAUCGAGCACUCUUCCUUACUCUCCUCUGAGCGUGGUUUACAAUGGAAAAACAUGUAUCCUGUUUAGGGCCAGGAAGAUUGCUAUAAGGUUCAGGAACAGCACUUCAGUGGAUCUCACGGAGAAGGCAUUCGGCCCCGACGCACCGGUUGACACCAAAGGCUCUAUGUGCAGCAAAGAUAAAGCUACGCUUGUUCUACGAUUUGGAGAUGUGGAGGACUUGAGAGGACUUGCCAUAAGGCUACAGAUGUCCAACACAUUCUAUGAGUCGGCAGGGCAGAACUGGUUUACUCUGGACAGCGUACACAUCCACUACAACUGGACCCACGAGGCUACGUUCAAUGCCAGCGACGUGUACGCUCCUAGUACCUACUCCUACCACUGUCAACACGUCAGCAGUCUGCAGAAGUACGACACGCUCCUUGUACCAAGCUCUAUCACAGACAACUCCGCAAACUGGCACAUCACAUUCACAGACUUCCAGUUACAAUCAUUCAACGUGCUGUCCAACAAGUUUGCCUCAGCCAGCGACUGCGCUACGUUCUUCACUCCGGCAAUCCUCAUGGGUCUGAUCACCUCCCUCAUCCUCCUCCUGGUCCUGGCCUACGCUCUGCACAUGGUGGUGCACCUCAAACACAUCGACACCUACGAAGAGCACAAGACUACUGUCUACUUCCCUCGCAGCUCAGAGACUGCAGAAUGCACCGAUGCCACCGGCUCCACCGCCACUGAGAAAAACAGCUUGUAGGACUCUGUUUCCCAGGAUCCACCUCAGUCUCCACCACUAGGAGUAUAGACCGUUUCUGUAGUUGUCAGAGAGUGACUGUGCAGGGGCUCCGACUGAGACCCCUGAUGCCUGGCAGACCGACUGAUUGAUUGACUCAACUCUAGAUAUAAAGCAACAUCCCAUACUGAAGGACAUGGUCAUGUUGCCUGGACUUGAUAUGGUCGUCCACUCUGGCAUUGCUGGACUCAGGCAGUGGUUGUCCAAGCCCGGUAGAUCCAAUACUUCUCGGCUCAGCAUCAUCUGGUGGAUUUGUAAACAACUUUGGAGGACACUAAUCCUGAGACAUUAACCACUUAUCUGGCAUUGCAAGUGAAAAAUAAACUAAUAAUGAUGUACUCUUGAAUGAAAUUCAAACUGAUAAAAGCACAAAAAACGAUUAAUUUUUAGUUCCUUGUCAGUACUAUAAAUUCUGGUAUAUUGGAUAAAGAAGUUUCAUUUGAAUAUCCAUACCCUAAACGGUACAUACCGUAAAGGGUAUGCAGUAUAUACUAUUAUGUAAUUAACUAAUCUUUGUUGGAUACACAAUUGGUGAGCUUUUGUGAAAAUAAUACUGUAUGUGAAUUCUGGUUUUGUAAAUUUUAUUUGGUGUUUUUAAUUUCUCAAUAGUUUUCCAGUUAAAACAUUAUAUUGUCAUUGAACUAUUUAAAAACAGUUCAAAUUGCCAGAAUCACAUCAACAAUUUGUACAACUUGUACAACAGAUUGUACAACAGUACGCUACUCUGAUGGGCAAAAUUGUAAACAUUUUCUAGGAACCUAUUGUUAUGUAUGUUUCAUUUAUCUGUAGGCUGUGUUUGGACAAAAUAAACCCAAGUUGGCUCAAA